AUCGAAAAUGUGGAAAGCGGAUGCGGGCAGAAUUCAACAGUUCACAACUUUUUAAUUUUAAUUAAUUACACUUUAUUCAAUAUGAACCUGACAUGUUUGUAGGAACUGCUACAUCUGUCUUGAAGAAACCCGUAAAACAAAACAGUGCAAGAUGCGUGACACUGACCAGUAAAUAAUUGAUUUGUUGAUUUCUGUUUAUGUUGUGUUAUUUCGAAGGCAUUUGGAUGACAGUAGAGUGAACAUGGGAUCAGAACAGAGCACACACCAAACACAGGGGCCAGCAAGCAGAGAAAGAUCAGCAGCACAGCUCCGAAGAGGGAAAUCAAUUCCUGAGAGAGAAGUUUUUGAUGAUGCUAACAGACCUGGAAGUAUAUCCCCUGGUCCAAGUAUUUGCUCAGAUUCUGACCUCCCAUAUAUUUCAUACACUGUCAACAGACCUAUUGGAGAUUCUCCUAAAUUGCAGCAGAAGCAUGGGAGUAGCAACCUGAAGCGUGGCAAGUCUUUAGGAAAUCCUGUGACCAGGAAGCCUUUUGUGCCAAAGAGGCAAUUAUCAGCAAUAAACAAAACAGUAACUAACAGCAUAGUUGUGGUGAAGUCAGCAACAAACAAUGAUUCAACUGACAAAGAUCCUGAUCUCAUUAGGUUACAGAUGGUACCAAUGUUCUUACCUAUUAUGCGAGGUACUCUCAACUUACCAGCAGCUAGAGAUCCAGAGGUACUUGAGCGACUGGAUCCCUCUGGCCCAUUAGCAUUAUGUCAGCGUUAUCAGCAUCAUCUGACACUAUGUAGUGAACUUGUCUCUUCAGAACAGGCUGCAAUAAAUCUACGUAUGCGAGAGAUUGAUGCAGAGGUUACGAGGCUACUGACCCUCAUGACAGAGAGGCAGAAACGAUGUGCUAAGUAUGCAGAGAAACUGAGUAAGGUGCAUGAACUGUCACACCAGUUGAACCGUUGUCACACACUUCUCAAUCAAACACUGGAAAGCAUGGAGACAUUAAACAACUGGCUCCCUGUUGAAGAUCGUCUUGAGCCUUUUGUAUGGACAACUGGAUAGCAGUAAUGGCAGUAUGCGUGAAGACACCCCGUGAUCAGUUCAGAAAUAAAUUUCACUGGCAUUACAGCACUUUCUCUUGAACUAGAAUGAAUUGUUUUCAUGUUAUCAAACUUUUAUCUCAUUAUUGUAAAUAACUGUAUAAUAGCACAUUGACUCAAUGUGCUUUUGAAUCAUUAAAUACUUGUUAUGACAAA